AUGCAACACAAAAACGAUUACAAUCAGAGUGCAUCCAAUGCAAAGGGCGAGGCCAACACCAUCAACCCGCCUUCAUACGAUUAUGUUACUGGAGGCUCAAGCAAAAACCAGCCUACAGGCCCAGGUUAUCCUAGGCAGGGUCCUUACAUGCCUGCUCCAAGUAAUGCACAGUGCUACCAGCCGCCAGCAUCAGGCGGAUUCGUGAGUGCACCGCUCCCGUCUGACCAUCCUGAGUAUGUCUGUAUGCAAGAAGGUCGCCACAUCCGUUCAACCCACUUUGGAUGUCUUGGUGUUCUUGCUGCAAUUAUCUGGUUCCCGAUUGGAAUUGCUUGCUGUUUGCUGGACCGCCGUGUUGUAUGCAAACGUUGUGGAAGAAUACUUGACGAUGGCUUCUCUUGCUGA